CCUGCACGACGCCCUGCCCGACCUGCUCGACGCGUCCAACGAGGAAGGGGAGGACAGGGGCAAGUGCCCGCACUCCAUCGCGCUCGCCGCCGACAAGUUCCGGGCGAGGGGAUGGACCGUCGAGCUGCCGUGCGGGCUCACGCUCGGCUCCUACAUCACCGUCGCCGCACGCCGCACGCCACGCACCCCGAGCGGGACCCCAAGAUCGCGCAGCUCAGGGAGGGGGAGGAGCCCCUCAUGGUCUCCCAGUUCAUGAUGGAGCUGCAGGGGCUUAAGACGGUCGACGGCGAGGACCCGCCCAGGAUCCUCCACUUCAACCCCCGCCUCCACGACGACUGGAGCGGCAAGCCUGUCAUCGAGCAGAACACAUGCUACCGCAUGCAGUGGGGCACCUCGCUCCGAUGCGAGGGCUGGAUGUCCCGUGUCGAUGAGGAGACUGUGGAUGGGAUGGUCAAGUGUGAGAAGUGGAUUCAAGAUGAAGAUCCGUCCAAGGAGUCGAAAACGUCAUGGUGGUUGAAUCACCUCAUCGGCCGCCCCCGCCCCCGCGUCGCUUGGUGCCGCCCCCUCCCCAGCGGGUUCGGGCGCAACCUGCGUCGGGAGAGCUCGGUGUGGUCGCGCGGCAGGGACGAUCUGUUCUCGCAGUCGCGAUCGUCGUGGGACGAGGAGGCGCUGCGUCGGCGACGACCACGAGUGCUUCCUCUCCAAGUUCAAGGACCUCCUGCAAUACUGUGUCUCAUUUCGCUGCUGGACUUCAUAUGAGUUGGUGGAUAUGAUUUUUGAGGUCAAGAUAGAUCAUUGCUUCGUAAUCAAGCAGUUUGGCAACAAUAAUUCCAAGGUUCAGUUCAUCAAGUACUCUGAUCAGUAUCAAUGGUUGGUGCCUCUCGUGCUACCUACAUAUUGGUUUGGUGCUGGUGUAAUUUUCAGGCUUGGUAAACAAGCAGAUCCUGAUGGUGCAGUCAGGUGCUGGUAAGGAUACUCUUUGUGCCAAUGGAAUAUGAUGCAUAAGAAAAUGGUCAAUGGUGGAAGAGUCAAGGACUGGAUAUGCAUCAACUUUUCUCGGAAUGUCCAAGAUAGUGCCGCGGGGAAUUUCUGUCAUGAACUGGCUGGCAUGUGCCAAACAUCUGGGAUGGACUUCUCAGUGGAUCCUCUGCUUCCUCCUUUAUCUGCGAGACCUAAACAUGUAGAAAGAGCACUCAAGGCACGCUAUCGAGAUGCCAUGAAUGUUCUGAAACCACUGGGCAGGGAGCUUGACCCGCUUGUUGCAAUUUUGCCUGACAAUAAUGGUUCUCUUUAUGGUAAUCUCAAAAGAAUAUGUGAGACAGAUCUUGGAUUGGUCUCUCAAUGCUGUUUGACGAAACAUAUUUUUAAGAUGAGCCUGCAGUAUCUUGCAAAUGUCGCCCUUAAAAUCAAUGUUAAGGUGGGAGGAAGAAAUACUGUACUCGUCGAUGCUUUGUCAACGAGAAUUCCCCUUGUUAGAGACAGACCAACCAUUAUAUUUGGUGCUGAUGUUACCCAUCCUCAUCCUAGAGAAAUAUGUACUACAUAUACAUUCUGGCGGUGACCCAUCGUACAUACGAAAGUCGAAAGUGGGUAUGAUAUGCCAAUGGUUCGGAUUGCCAUUUAUACGGGUUACCAUAGUGGAGCUCUUUGGUCCGAUUAUCCGUUGCCCGCAAUGCUGCUUCAUACUUUUACCUAGUCAUCUUAGUUCGAUCCAUGUCACUGGUGAUCUGAUUUUGCACCUGUUAGAACUUCACACUGAUUGGACAUAGUUAUUUUUAUUUUAUAAGCUGAAGAAAUUUCACUAUAAGUUUUAUAUAGCUUACUAGAACAACAACACUUCCUCUAACUUUGUUUUGACUAAAAGACAGCAAGGCGUGUUGUAGUUCAUUCAUGAGAAAGGAGAAGUAAGAGAGUUACACAGCUAGGUAAGGAAAAAGAAAAAGAAAAACCAGCACUCGCGAUCGGCCUGCACAUCCAGCUCUAAGUACACUCAUGGCGGUUUGAAGAGCAAGC